GACCAGUAUUUAUUCUGCCAAAACACCAGUCCUCUCCUCUCCUCCCUCUUUUCUACCCAACAGAGAAAUUUUCGUGAUUUUCGAGCGACAAGAAACCACACCAAUUUCUCUUCCCCAAGCCAUCCUAUUUGACGCUUACCCAUCGCUGGGUAACAUCAUCUCUUUUUACAGCGCCGAGCGAUCGUCAAGAAUGAUUUCCGGCAUCCUCUUGUUCCUCUGCCUCGCGGCGGGGGGCCUGUGGGAUGCCCUUUCGUUUUGCAUGAAGGGCCUCGCGGCCUUGAUUGCCAUCUUCCGCGCCUGGGACACGGAGCUUGACUCCAAAGUCGUCUCGCUCUUCGUGAGCAUCUACCUUCUCUUCUCUUUGUGGGUUCAUCUCGAACCUGUUGGCCGUGCGGUACGCCGCUUCUCCAGUUCGUGUGUGGGCAGUGUGCGCGAGCACAUUGUUCACUUGCUCCUCCUUGCCCUGUCCCCGGUCGCCGCCAAUUUUCACCUGGCCUCGAACCGCCUUCAUGGCUGGUUCGACGGUGCCGUUGAUUAUUGGACCACGCAACCUCGGUUGCGUGGGCGGACCCGGAGGGAGCUCGCGGACCAGAGAGGUCGGCAAGCCGCGCUCUGUGAGGCUAUCGCUAGCCUCAACCGUCUGAUUCGCGCGGGCCUGCGCCGUCAAGAUUGCCUCGCUAUCGACAUUAGGUCGGUCGGCAAGCUGCAGGCUCCGCGAUACCCAUUGUUUCCUGGACCCUUGGAAUCCGAGUUCCAAGAGGUGCCAUUUGUCGCCUCGGGUGGAUACCCUUCCGAAGUUCCGGAGCUUCCUGGCCCUUGGGCGAGGCUCUUGUCUCGCACUGAUUAUUCGGUGCGUAACAUGGGCUUUGCCCUUCGGGAACUCCCUCCUCUCAUUGAGGAGAACGAAGGUCGGGUGUCCAAGCUCCGCGAGGAGUUGGCCCGCGUAAACGAUGGGGUGAAGAAGGCGGAGGACAAGCUGGCCAAGGCCCAACGCCAGCAUGAGCACCGCUUGCGGUGCGAGGCUGCCGCUGCCGCCAAGGUCAGGGCCCAGCAAAAGAGAGAGACCACCCCACGCCGGAUUGGAUUGACUAGGUUUGUUCUUCCCCUUCUCUACUACCACCGUAAGAUAUCGAGCCGUGCUAACCUGACCGUACAGCAGCAGAGGUCCUGACUACUAUCUCCGGGUGCCCAGCUUCACACUCGGCGCGAGCCGAGUGUCCCAGCGGCCCGGACGAGGGCCACUCUCGACUCUCUCUGCGCAGUUCCUGCCCGUGGUCCAGCCACAGCCCGAACCAGCGCUGCCAAUCCUCUCGACCAGCUUCCGCCGCCAGGAGAGACUGCCGCCC